UCUAAAAUGCAAUGACACAACUUUGACUUGUAUACUUCACCACCAUACAUUGCACAACAUACUUCACCACUAUACAUUGCACAAUACCAUUCUGAAUCUAUAAAUCUAUAUAUAUAUAUAUAUAUAUGCUAUCCCAAAGUGAAGUUGCUCCAUUCUUAUUAUUCUCAACUUCUCAAAUGAAGCAUAGUGCUACAGAGUUUCCCAGUGGGAAGAACACACCCCUCAACAGCAUCAAAAAGUGUGUCAUACCAAUCAUGACCUUGAUUCUCAUCACCUCAAUCCCCACCUAUCUGCAUAAAAACUCAUAUUCGUCGUUACUGUCUCUAGAGGUUCGCGACAAUGGUACAAGCCCUUUCUAUCAGGAGAGCAACGCGUUCUCGCCAUUGCAGUCUCCAGGGGAAACUUCCAACGAUUCUCUAGAGGUUCGUGACAAUGGUACAAGCCCUUUCUAUCAGGAGAGCAACGCAUUCUCGUCAUUGCAGUCUCCUGGGGAAGCUUCCAACGAUUCGAAGAGUAUAAGCUUAGAGCACAAAUGCAACAUAUUUAGCGGGAAUUGGGUGCCAUAUCCGGAUGGAUUACCUUACUACACGAAUGAGACACAGUGUUCCAUCGACGAUCGACAGAAUUGUCUGAAGUUCGGGAGGCCGGACACCGAGUUCUUGAAAUGGAGGUGGCAACCAGAUGAAUGUGAUCUACCUAUGUUUGACGGAGUGCAGUUCUUGGAGCUGGUUAGAGGGAAGACACUGGCAUUUCUGGGAGACUCAGUAGGAAGGAACCAAAUGCAAUCAUUAGUGUGUGUCUUGGCUAGUGCAGCCACUCCCAUAGAUGUUUCUUAUGUAUCAGACACAAGAUUCAGACGAUGGCUCUACAAUGAUUACAAUUUUACCAUAGCAGCACUCUGGUCUCCACUCCUGGUCAAAACCCGUGAAACCGACCCUAACGGUUUUUCCCAAGACAGCCUCAUGAGCCUCUACUUAGAUGAGGCUGAUGAGGCGUGGACGGCUCAGGUUGAGAAGGUCGAUAUAGUGAUCAUCUCAGCCGGGCAUUGGUUCCUUCGACCAUUCAUGUACUAUGAGAAUGGUACAGUUGUGGGAUGCUACAGGUGCCAGAAAGAGAAUGUGACGGACCUUACAUUUUACUACGGAUAUAAAAUGGCUUUCCGUACAGCCUUUAGGGCGCUUCUAAACCUUCAGAACUUCACGGGACUGACAUUUCUAAGGACAUUCUCACCGUCACACUAUGAGAAUGGGGACUGGAAUAAAGGAGGGAAUUGUGUGAGAACGAGGCCGUUUACGAAGCAAGAAAUGAAGUUCGAUGGGUAUAGUUUGGAGUUGUACAAGACCCAGGUGGAGGAGCUAAGAGCAGCAGAAAAGGAAGGGAAAAAGAGGGGCCUCAGAUUCAGGAUCCUAGAUACUAGUGAAGCAAUGGUGCUAAGGCCAGAUGGACAUCCAAGUCAAUAUGGGCAUUCGCCACAAGAGAAUAAGACCAUACCUGACUGUGUCCACUGGUGCAUGCCGGGCCCCGUCGACACGUGGAAUGAAUUUUUGCUUCAAAUGUUGAAGAUGGAGAGUGGAGGAUCAAUAGGGAAUCUUCAAUGAAUGGUCAGCAGAAAUCAGAUAGAUUUCGGAUGAGCAAAUUAAUUAUUCCUUUUGUAUUUAACUUGUGAAGGUGUAACUACAUUGUUUUUAUUUAUACAUAUUUCAAUGGUAAAAGUUA